UUGGAGUCUGAUAUGUACGAAAAACAGCUAGAGCCGUUUUGCUACACCAUUGGAAAACAUCGCAUGAAAACUCCCAGAGGAGAAUUUACUCUUGAUAAAAACAACGUCAUAAAAAUGAGGGAAGCAAAUGAAUGUAACUUUCCAUCUGUCACGAAACACCUGUAUCACGUUCCUCCAAUUGACUCAUCCUUCGACAACUGCUUGUAUACCACGACAACAGAUGGAGAUAAUGGCGACAUAGCUCUAACCGGGGCAUUUAAGGGAGAGAUUAUAGAGUUUCGAAGCAAAGUUGUAGCUAAACUAGCAUCUCCGUCCGGUCUGCUUAUUCGAGAUUUUAGACACAAUCACGUAAACUGUUUACUCGACGAAGCUUCUUUCAAGUCAACACAAUUUCAAAUAGAUUAUUUGCAUUUGGGAGCUGAAAAAAUGACUUUUAUUGAAGUAGGUCUGAGCAAAGAUCGAAAAAGACCGAACUCCACGAUAAAGAACAAACUGUUGACACAGUGUCUGCAAAAAACGAUCCCACAGGCGCUCAUGUUACUUUAUUCGUUCUAUAUAAACCAAACACCCGAUCAAAAAUUCAACAAAGAAGAAUUUUUGAAACUUAUUGAUACCCACUUGAAAGUGUUGCUUGUUAUUCCAAAUGUAUCAUUGAAUCAAUUUCGUGAAUAUCUCGGACUUCCAAAUGAAAAUGCGACAACUUUUCAUGAGCAGUUACUGGAAAACAAAAACUAUUUGAAGUACUUGCUGAUUUGUUUGAGCGACAAUUUGCCAUCAGCUGGUAGGUGUCUUCUUACACUUGAUGAUCAAUUGGGCAUUCAGGAUUCAAAUACUACUAUCGAUGACAUUUUCAAGUUUUCGGAUCACAAAAAAGCCAACUAUUUCACAUCCCUUUUAUCCCUUGUUGCAUUGAACGUUUUUGAUGAUGUGGACGAAGAAAAAUCGCUUGACGUUGAUGAACGAUACCACCCAGAUUUGUCACACUGGUUGAAAUCUCGCCCGAAACAUCCGCAACACUACGCAAAUUUCAACAUUUGCCUCAGUCCACAACAAUACACUUUACUGCAGGAUGGAAAAAACAGUCAUUUAUUACUGUCCGGAGAGCCGGGAACAGGCAAGUCUCAAUUGCUUCUAAUCAAAGCUAUCCUUAUGGCCCACCGAGAAGAUGUGGACAAUGUUGUGUUUCUGUUUGAUGAGAGCAAAAAAGAUUUCCGGAAGUGGCUCACCUCAAGCAUUGACAAUUAUCCUGAUUUGAAACGAAAACAUAAAAUACAUGGACUUGGCAGACAAGCGAGAAAUUUCGUUGGGACAACAAUAGAGCGAACCGUAAUUUUGAUUGAUGAACUGUACGUGGAAGAACAUUUUCGGAAGACUCUUCAAAAACAGGAAAACCUUUGCUUGUACAACAGAAGUAAGUGUUGCUGGAUCUCAAUUAUAGAUGCGGGUCAAAGGACUUUCGAUCGCGUGGAAGAACUGUUGCAGAAAAUGAAUACGUCGAAAUUCAAAUUGCAGAAACUUCACGUUUUAUAUUGA